AUGUCAAAAAGAUAUCGUCAAUUGCUCCCUAUCCCUCAGUCUGAAAGUUCCUCUAAUUCUCAACCCUCUGGUUCCUCUACAACCCCUCAGUCACCUAGCGAAGAGCCCCUCAAACGACAGCGAAUCAACACACAAUUAGCAUGUAAUCAGUGCCGCAAGAGGAAGAUUCGCUGCAAUGGCAAAAAGCCGAUCUGCGAGGCCUGUCAUCGCCGCGGUGAGAAAGAGCCAUGCGUCUACGCUGAAGCUAAGAGUGUACCAAAGACAAGCAAGGAAACCGAGCAAAUACUGGAAUUAUUUGACAUGAUAAAGACAGGACCCGAAGUCCAAGCUAUUGAUAUCCUACGAACCUUGCGAGGCCACGCCGACCUUGAUGCGGCCUUUUCGAUAAUCCAGUCACGUAUAGCACAGCCUGUUCGCGGCCAAAAGCGCGGCACUGCUCUUGAACAGACCCGAUAUCUAGGUCUCGAGUCUGAACUCAUGGCAAGACAUUCUCUUGCGUUUCCAACACUCCAGUCUCAUGAGUCCAGCAUUCUAAAGAAACUCAUCAGUACCGGCCAAGAAGCAACGCCAAACGAUGAUAACGACGCUCAAAUGUCGAAUAACGAACCCAACCCAUUCCCGGCGCAUAACCCUACACACGCCCAGGUGCCUACCCUGGCUCUCUGCGACGAUCGGCUAAAGAAACUCAACAUUGGUUUUUGGACAUCUGUACCUAUUCCUUCCAGCUUGGCUGCCAAAGUCGUUUCACUGUACCUGGAGACAGAUCACCCUCUUCUGGGCCCCUUUGACCCGGACAUGUUUUUGGCUGAUCUUGUUGAAUGCAAAACUAAUUACUGCAGUGGUAUGUUAGUCAGUGCAAUCAUGUACUGGGGCUGUCAAAUGUACAGCGGUAUCGACUCUGCUGUUGGGAAAUAUAUACCCGAAUUUUGCGAAGAGACUGAAAAGCGGUGGUCCUCGGAAAAGACGACGGACUCGCUGUUGACACUUGCUGCGAUAGAGCUGCUCGGUCUGGGGUACCUAGGCAACGGAAAGGAUCAUUACGUCUUGACAUAUGUAUCAGAGGUCAAUUCUAUGGGUAGGCGGAUGGGCCUUUUUGGUGUCGACUCGAAUGUUGCGAUUGCAAAGGCAAAGCAGGUCAGUCCUGAUAUGCAAAGCGCAACAUCCUAUGCUGCCUGGGGCACUUUCAACUGGAUAGUACUCAUGGCGUUGUUUUAUCAGCAGCCGGGACUUUCAUAUCCUGAAUAUCCGCCUGCUAUGCCAAUACCGGGACAUACAUGGCAUCAUUCACCCGAGGGUACCCCGCAGUCUGUACGGCAAACGUUGCAGGAAACUUACAUGGGAGACACAUUUCCAGUUCUCUGUCGAUUCUGGCGAAUAAUGCACGGGGUAACCCUGAAGUACUACCGUGACCAGCCCCAUCCGCGCGAGAGUCUCAGCAGUCAUAUUACACUCGCAUUUGCCGAAUACAAGUAUCGAGAGCUGAUAGCCUGGGCAGAGACGCUGCCACCAUCCAUGGUGCGUUCCGAGCAGAGUCCGCAUCAUGUCUUGGUCUUUCAUAUUUGGCUUCACGCGGGCAUUCUCAGCAUUUUACGGCCUUUUACCGUUCGAGCAAGGGGUUCCCACAAACCAUUACGACUGAAGACAUUUCCUUGCAGGCGAAGCUCACCGGAUGCUGCUUACAGGGCAUCAGUGAAUCAAUUGAAACGCCUAGUGGUGGUAUAUCGUGAGAAGUGCCCAUGCUCGUCUUACACGAUGUUAUGGCAUAGUGCUCUAAUCCACGUUGCGAACGCCAUCCUAGGUGACACAAGGGACCCCGCCUGGCGCUUCUAUUUGUUCUUCUGCGUCCAGUCCUACGGCAACCUACGGGGAUCUUUUCGUUUUGCCGAAACCAUUGGCCGAAGCAUACUCUCCAUGACGCUUCAGCAAGGCGACAUAUCAGCAGAAGAGGCACGAAAAUUGAUGGAGCAGUUUGAAGAGAAUCGGCUGAGCAGUCCUUCGGAUGAUAUACGAGCUACAUUUAUGGCUGAUUUGAAUCUCGCCAUGACUGACCCCGAAGGGGCGUCUGUGGAAAGUUUAUCCGACAAGUUUGAGGAUAUUGCACUUUUCCGAGAGUUUACGAAUGCAGGGGGAUCGAGUGCGGACGAACCUAUGGAGUCGGACGACAAUGCAUGGGAUACGUUAUGA